CAUGUCUGCUUCCUCCUCGGUGUCCGCUGCUCAUAUUCUCACGGGCGCGGCGCUGGUCGCUACCUCUCUUGGCCUAGGCUACGCUUGGGGAGUGAAAGUUGCAAGCGGGUCCAAGUCAUCUUCAAAGCGACACGCAGGAUCCAACCUUGGAGACCCUGCUACUCCUCAGACAAUCCAAGAUGAAGAAAUAGACAGCGAAAUGGAGGAGGAGGACCUAGCAGACGGAGACUUGUCCUCUGUGAAGCCAGGUUUGCUGGAGCCAUGCAAGAUGGUCUUGGUCGUGCGCACAGAUUUGAAGAUGACAACAGGAAAAAUUGCGGCGCAAUGCGGACACGCUACUUUGGCAUGUUACAAGGCACUACAAAAGACCAACCCAGCGCUACUAAGGCACUGGGAACGGACAGGCCAGGCCAAGGUUGCAUUGAAAGCGAGCUCAGAAGACGAGCUAUUGGAGCUAGAAGCGAUAGCGAAAAGCUUGAAUCUAUGCGCUCGAUCCAUCCUGGACGCGGGUCGGACGCAGAUAGCAGCUGGUUCCCGGACAGUUCUCGGCAUUGGCCCAGGGCCGGUCGAACUCGUGAACAAGGUGACCGGAAAGCUGCGUCUGCUCUGAGCGUGCGCUGUCCGCUGUUGUGUGUAUGUACUGUGUUUUUGCGAGCGUUGUUUGUUGAACUUGGAUGGUUUCCAUAUGCGCUCGGAAGUGCCUGGAAUUUAGAGUGACGUCA